AUGUGUUUCGCCAGCAGUAUAAUCGAAGCGCACAGGAAGUUAUUUAUAGCGCCGCCGGAUUUGGAUCAUUCCGAGCCAGCCACACCCACGAUUUCGACCAGAUCCAAGAUGCCGAGGGGGAAAUCCCGCCUGCAAACCGAAGUUUGUGGCGAUUGCGGAGCUGGUGAUCCAUCCUGGGCGAGCAUCAACCGGGGCAUCCUUCUUUGCGCCGACUGCUGUUCGGUGCACCGCAGUCUGGGCAGGCACAUCUCCAUUGUGAAGUCUCUACGCCAGGGUAACUGGGAGCCCUCGGUUCUGAACUUUGUGAACUCACUGAACGCUCAUGGAGCCAAUAGUGUUUGGGAGCACCAUCUGCUGGAUGGUAGCACCAACUCCACCGGAGGAAAGCACGUGCCACGCUGGCGAAAACCCACGCCCAAGGAUGCACUCCAUCCCACCAAAUCCGAUUUCAUUAAGGCCAAGCAUGUGAAUCUAACGUUCGUUCUAAAACCCAGUCUCCAGGAUGAUGAUGAUGGCAACGGCUCUGCGGGCAGUCUGGAACAGGAGCUGAGUAGACAACUCCAUGCCAGCGUGAGGACCAGCAAUCUAGAGACCUCACUGCGCUUCUUGGUCCAGGGUGCAGACCCAAACUACUACCACGAGGACAAGCUAUCAACGCCACUUCACAUGGCCGCCAAGUUUGGCCAGGCAUCGCAAAUCGAGAUGCUGCUCAUCUAUGGAGCCGAUGUGGGUGCCUUGGAUGGUAAUGGAAUGACUCCUCUGGAACUGGCCAGAGCGAACAAUCAUAACACCAUCGCCGAAAGACUACUUGAUGCCAUGUACGAUGUCACCGACAGGAUCAUCACCUUCCUAGGUGGCAAGAAGCCAGAUCAUGCGAGUGGCCGUCACAUGAUUAUUCCGGAUGCCAAUGGCGCGGACAUAAGCGAGCAGCUGAAGAUUGCCCGUGGAAAGUUGCAACUCGUGCCAAAUAAGAUGUUUGAGGAGCUCGUCAUGGACCUGUACGAUGAGGUGGACAGACGCGAGUGCGAAGCCAUCUGGUCGACAAGCACCCUAAAUGCUGAUCAUGCAACUGUGCCAUUUUUGCCGGCUAAUCCAUUUUUGAGCGCCACGCGCAAUCAGGGUCGUCAGAAAUUGGCACGCUUCAAUCGCGCCGAGUUCACUGGGCUCUUGACCGACGUGCUCGUGGAUGCUAUGCGACGGCAGAAUAUGGCCAACCUGCGUCCAAUGGAUGCCCCAGUGCCCGGGCACCAGUCGCUGCAAUCGCUGCCGUAUGCGAACAACUCAAUGCUGCUCGGCUCGUUCGAGCAGGGCGGUCAUGAUCCGAAUCUGUCGGACGACGAGCCCAUAUAUGAUCCGGUGGCCAGUGAUGAUGACUAUGCUCCAGUGCCACCAAUGGCCCAGCAGGCCAUUGUGCAUACACCACCGCGCAGCGCGAAUUCGAACAAAGAAAUGGAAACGCUGCGCAAACAGUUGAACGAUUACAAAUCGGAGAUCAAUCAGCUAAAGAACGUGGUGCAGAUGUUGUCCAGCGAGAACACGCAGCUCAAGUCCAAGUUCUCGAGCGCAUCGAACAACAGCGUGUACGAUGAGCCACUUCGCAUUGAUCUGAGCUUGAGCAGUCCGGAUACAGAGCACGAGCCUCUGUCGCUACCUGAAGGUGGGACUGCCAAUGGGGAAAGCGGCUCCUCCAAUGAUUCGUCAAAUCAGUCGACCAUCAAGCGUCCAGCCAGCAUGUACGAGCGUCGUUUGGUUCCCAAUGUGGCCAAGGGCCAAACGGACAUACGAAAUACGACGAGCAUGUACCAAAUGGCUGGGGAAUGCAAACCUUUCGGUGAGGAGGUCAAAGUGCGCUCUGACUUGGUCACACGCCGUCUUAAGGAGCUCAUAAGAGCUAUGCAGCCAGUGCCUGAGGAUCAAAAGCAGUCGAUUGCUCCACAUGGAGAGCUUAUACGCAGUGCCGUGACUGAUUUAAUUGCCCUUUAUGCCAAUUUGCCACCGAAUCCCAAUGACCCGUCUCGCGAGACCCUUAAGCUGCUUACCCGCCAGAACAUUCUCAUCCAGCACGAGUGCGAGAAUCUGCAGAAAGCCAUCGAUGCGGAUGACAAGCAGGCCAUACAGAAGAACACCUUGGAGGUGCGCGAUUGCGCCUUCCACAUAGCCAGUGCCAUAAAGACUUUGGUGUUGCAGUUCUAUUGAGGCACCCAAAACGCAAUCAUCGACAUAGAAGUUUAAACUCACUCACUCUUUUUUGAAGUAUUAACCGACCAAUUUAGUGCCCUGCUGACUAACAAAAGUGCUUCCGCCAAAUAAUUUAAAGAAUCCCCUUUACAUAUAGUUUAUGUAUUUAAUAAAUGUUUACAUAAAUCAA